AUGGAGCCGGUGCCACCCUCUCCAGUCUCUCACUUGAAUGGCAACUGGCACUACCAGUUCCGGAUCAUCCUACUGGGGGACUCCACCGUGGGCAAGUCCUCCCUGCUGAGGCGCUACGCGGAGGGGUCCUUCAUCCCGGCUCCCUGCCCCACCGUGGGCGUGGAAUUCUACAGCAAGAUGAUGGAGCUGCCUCCGGGCAUCAAGGUGAAGCUGCAGCUUUGGGACACAGCCGGCCAGGAGAGAUUCAGAUGCAUCACCAGGUCUUUCUAUCGGAACGCCGUGGGAGUGCUGCUGGUGUUCGACAUGACCAACCGUAAGUCCUUCGAGCACAUCAUUGAGUGGUACCAUGAAGUGGCCAGCAUCCAGAUUAUGGAGAAGGUCAUCUUCCUCCUGAUUGGCCACAAAAGUGACUUGAAGUCAGACUGCAAAGUCUCCACCGAAGAGGCAGAGGGGCUGGCAGCCUCCCUGGGCAUCGGCUUCAUUGAAACGUCUGCCAAAAGCAACACCAAUGUGGACUUGGCUUUCGAGACCUUGACCAACACCAUCUAUGAGGCUCUGAAGAACAAGGAGAUCGAUCUGCAGGAAGGCUGGGAUGGGGUGAAGGUGAUUCACAAGAGAACAUGCAACCCCCAGAAGAAGAGGCGAAAACCGCAAGAAAAAUGCCAAUGCUAACCCAGAAGUUAGGGACUAGGAUCUGGCGUAGGGGAUGGAAUUGGUGGAGGAGGGACUGGAUGAGCCGAUUCAGAAAUAAAUUAGGGAUGGGCCUGAGAUGCAAAGUUGGAGGUUCAGGGGGAGGGGAGUUCAGUUUGUCUCUAGGGAAAAUAAAAACCUCCAGGACUUGCUUUCACCCAUUGUAGAUGAAUUCCAUCGGAAUAGUAAAAAGUGCACUACUGCCCCCUUUAGGUGGAG